AUGGUCGGAGUACCGCAAGUGUUUACCAAUCAAAAUCAAUACAUAGCGGCCUUGGCAGCAUCAUAUGGCGCGCUAGUGAUUGGAAUGCUGUUUGGUUGGUCUGCUCCGGCAAGUCCACGGUUAGUUGAAGGAGGUGAAGGAAAUGUUCCCUUAAACGAAGACGAGUUUUCCUGGGCUGUGGCCUUUAUGCCUCUCGGAGGCACACUGAUUGCUAUUCCUUGCGGAUAUUUGCUAAAGUCGGUGGGCCGUAAGAAUACGAUCCUAUUCUUUGUCAUACCAUUGAUGCUAGGAUGGAUAUUACUCACCUGGGCUCAGAUCCUUGUAAUGCUGUACAUUGGCAGGUUCCUGCAAGGAUUGGCUGCCGGAGCGUAUGGCAUGGCGAUACCGAUUUACAUCGGAGAAAUUGCGGACCAACGGAUUCGUGGCACUGUGGGGAGCUUUUUCCAACUCAUGCUUAACAUGGGUAUGCUCAUUUCCUUUAGUGUUUCUGCAGGUGUAAACGUAUUCCAGCUGAACAUCAUUUCCGGUUGUUUGGUAUUGCUUUUUGGACCAAUUUUUAUGUUAAUGCCAGAAACGCCGUCAUUUUUGGUUCAAAGUGGUCAAAAGUUGCAGGCCAUAGAGGCAGUCAAGUGGUUGCAGGGUCCAGACUGCAAUGUUGUAGCGGAAGUUGAACUGUUGCAAAGCAAGCAAGAUGAACGCUCUAACCAACCAACGAAGACGCUUAAAAAUUCCCUGCUUUCAACCGGUACGAUAAGUGCACUGAUCGCCAUGGUCGGAUUGGUGACAUUUCUUCAAAUGUCGGGCAUAAAUGCUGUUCUGUUCUAUGCAACGGACAUUUUUAUGAACGCAUCAGAUUCACUUAAUUAUACGGUGGCAACUAUCAUUGUCGGCGCGAUGCAAGUUGUUGGCACAAUUUUGGCAGCGUUUGUUGUAGACCGUGUAGGUCGACGUUGGUUGUUGCUAAUUUCUGCUAUUAGCAUGUGCGCUGCCCAUGUAACAUUGGGCGUUUACUUCCAUCUAUUACACGAUAGCCCCGAGCAGGUGGAAAAUCUCGAAUGGCUACCGGUGCUUGCGUUAUCGGUGUUUGUAACAAUGUUUUCCAUCGGCUUCGGUCCGGUACCGUGGAUUAUGAUCGGUGAAAUAUUUGCGGCAGACGUGAAAGAUUUGGCUAGCUCGUUGGCCGUGAUAACUAGCAACGGACUGUCGUUCAUGAUGUCGAAAACGUUCAUCCAUAUGCAAGAAGGCCUCGGAGAAGCUGGAACAUUUUGGCUGUUUGGUGGCUUCUGUUUGCUAGCUGUAAUUUUUGUUGUCAUGUUUGUACCUGAAACUAAAGGUAAAACCUUCGAUCAGAUACAGAAGCAUUUGAGGAAUAGUAAGGUGUACUGCAGGGAAGAAAAGAAUUUCCAACAAUAGAAACAGUUCAGAAUUGGCUUGUAAACCGUUUC